CUAUGAAUAGUAAGUACUUGUGAUAGAAAAGAGAGUUACAAAUUUUUGUGCCUCUGAUAACUUUAAUAAUGAUUUCAUUACCUAAGUUACUGAGUUCUUAAAAAAAUUGUUUAGAUCUAUUUGGAAGUAGGCAGCUACAAAAAAGGAUAAAGAUUAUCCAAACAUAAGAAUUGAUAAGUUUAAUCAUCAUGCCAGGAGUUGAGAGUCCCAUAGCUAAAUGGUAUGAUGGCCGAUGUGUCUUCAUUACUGGUGCUUCCGGUUUUAUGGGAAAAGUAUUGGUAGAGAAGCUGUUAUAUUCUUGUACAGGAAUAAAAACCGUAUACAUUUUAUUGAGAAAUAAAAGAGGAAAGACUCCGCAGCAAAGAUUAGAGAUUAUGUGGAAUUUGCCUUGCUUCAGCCGUUUGCGUGAGAGCCAACCUGAUGCAAUAAAAAAAAUUGUACCCUUAAACGGAGACUUAAGUACCGAUGGAUUAGGUUUAACAGCAAAAGAUAUUGAUUUGCUACUAAAUGAUGUUUCCGUGGUAUUCCAUUUAGGAGCCACCCUAAAACUAGAAGCCAAUUUGAAGGACGCCAUAAAUUUUAAUACUAACGGUACUGCGAGGGUGAUAGACAUAUGCAAAAAGAUUAAAAAUCUUAAAGCCUUCCUCCACUUCAGCACCGCAUUUUGCUCUGCCGAUCUUGAUGUAUUUGAAGAACGGGUAUACCCUAGCAAAGAGAAACCUAGAGAUGUGAUCAAGGUUGCUGAAUGGUUGAAUUUGGAAACUUUGAAGAUCGCUACACCAGGAGUUAUAUCACCGCAUCCCAACACAUACACUUACAGCAAAAGACUUGCGGAAACCUUAAUCGCUGAUGAAGUGGAUAACAUGCCAGUGGCCAUAAUCCGGCCUUCAAUUGUGAUACCUGCUGUUGACGAGCCAGUCCCUGGAUGGGUCGAUAGCCUUAACGGCCCUGUGGGUCUUCUGGUUGGCGCUGGUAAAGGCGUGAUCAGAUCAAUGUAUUGCAAUGGUGGAAACAGGGGGCAAUUUAUACCUGUGGAUUUUGCUAUUAACACUACUAUCGUGGUCGCACAAAUGGUUGGAAAAGCAGAAACUAGGUCUAAAGAAGUCCCUGUGUAUAAUCUGACACAGGACGCCGUAAUGCCCCUUACAUAUCAAGAGAUAUUGAACAUGGGAAGAUCAAUUUAUUACGAAUAUCCAUUUGAGAUGCAAAUUUGGUACCCUGACGGCGACAUUAGGUCGUCCAAGUUGGUCCAUAACAUUUACAGCAUUCUUUUUCAUUGGUUACCCGCUCUUCUCAUAGAUUUGAUAAUGUUUGUUUGUGGACAAAAAAGAUUUAUGAUGAGAAUACAGAAGAAAAUCUACGACGGCUUAAACCUGCUGGAAUUUUUCGCGACUAAAGAAUGGAUCUUCAAAAGUGAAAAAUUUUUAGCUCUCAACAACUACUUAACCGAGGAGGAUAAAAAAAUAUUUACCAUAUCAGAAUUUCGCAAGUAUUCUUUAAAGGAGUAUUUGAUUAAUGGACUCCUAGGUACACGUCAGUACUGCUUGAAAGAGGAUUUGUCAUCCCUUCCCCGAUGCCGCCAAAAACAAAAAAUAUUGUACAUAGUCCAUGUAAUAUGCGUGUAUGGAUUUUACCUACUUGUCUUCUAUUUUUUCGGCAAAUUGCUAUUGAAAUUAUUGACAGUGUUUAAUUGAAGCGUAAGUGAAAAGGACAUUGUUUAACGUUUUUACCCUUACAUUUACUCAUAGCAAUGUGGAGAGGUUUUGUUGUUUUAUAUAACAAGUGAAGAUAUGGUGAACGUAAUAAUUUAAUGUAUAAUG